AUGGAUCGAAGGUAUUCAAGGGUUGAGAUGGGGGCGGGCGCGUUUCAUCAUCCGCCAAGAGCGAAAUACAGCGAAGAAACGAAAAAUUUGAUCAAACUUUUAAUGGAAGAGUCUAAGGUGACUAUGAUGCAAAGGAAAUUAAUUCAGAAUGCUGUCGACAGAGGCGAAUCGUUACCCCUUUCUUUGGAAAAAUCGAAUGCGAAAGUAAACAAGCAAAAUACGGAGUACCAGGUAAUGAUGCCUACUGUUUGGAAAAAACGGAGUCAAGACGCGAUUGUUAAAAGUGGAGCGUACGAGAGGGAACAAUUUAGGAGGCUAGCUCCCUUACCAAACAAAGAGAAACAAAAACGUCAUUUGGCGUGUAUGAUGGCGUACGGAAAAGAUAUGCCGGAAACCCCACGCGAUCCGAAAGUUCUUCACAGAAUGAGACGAGAACCACGUCAACCAGACAAUGGCGAUCCAAUUGACGAGUUGGUACGAGGUAUAAAAGAAAGAAUGGAAUUUUUAAGCGAUAUGGAGUGUCUUGGAAUGGAAAAGAAGUAUCGACCGAUUAUACAUCAGGAAAUAGCACAUAAGCUACGAUUGAUCGAAUCGAUUGACAAACAAAAGUCGAAGAAUAUUCGGAAAGAGAUAAGAGAUUUUGAAAAACCAUUGCCAAAGCCACUUCCAUUAGGUGAACUGGAUGGUAAUUAA